AUGUUGAUGGAUGGUACUCAUGGCAGACCCAUUAGUGUUCAAACUGCCAGGAACCACUUGCGUGCCGAGAGAAUCAAAGCGCGCCGACCUUAUGUUGUGCCACCUCUGACACCAUGGUGGCGUCAAGUGCGUCUUGACUGGAUGCAGAAACAUGGCUCGAAUAGGUUUGGGAUGCGUCGAUUGAGGCGUGUGUUGUUCAACGACGAGUCUAGAUUCUGUCUGUAUCCCUCAGACGAAAGAAAUGUGCCACUUAACCUUUGUUUGCGAAACAGCAAAGAGAGCGGUAAUAAAAACACUGGUCAACAGAGAGUUACAAAUUAUAUUAAGUGUCCGUUGAGAGUUGAUAAAGAUAUCAAAUCUACCGAACAUUCGUUGAGUGUCAUUACGACACCGGGAUAUGUGAUGGAUGAUAAUGAGAAAAUGGUACAGAGUUGGCUUCAGCACAUGCCACGAAAAAGGAAGAUUUCGACAGAGUACGAUCCUUAUCCCAAGGCAACCUCUUCAUCGAACGCCCGAAUGGCGUCUUCUGAGCUAAGUAUGGACUCUAGCAGGACAGGAAUAAACGUCAAACUUUACAACGAGAAACUGUGGAAUAUCUUCAGAAAGGAGGGAACAGAGAUGGUCAUUAACAGAUCUGGAAGGCUCAUGUAUCCUCGCGUGGAGGUAACCGUGGAAGGCCUUAAUUCAGGCAGUAUGUACAGCGUCGAGAUGGUCGUGAUUUCUGUGGAUGACAAGUACUACAGGUACAAGGACAACAUGUGGUUAGCAGUUGGCAAGUCCGACGUGCAUCAUCCGAUCACUUCUUAUAAACACCCUAGCUCACCUGCAAUGGGAUCUAAUUGGAUGAAACACAUGCUGUCCUUUGGACAAGUGAAACUAUCUAAUCAUGGAGGUCCUGGCAAGAUUUGCCUCCAGUCAAUGCAUAAGUAUAUGGUACAGAUCGAUGUGAUACAUCACGACACGAUGGACCAAUCGUACCACUUCACCCUCCCUGGUACGGAGUUCAUCGCUCUUACUGCAUACCUCAACGAAAAAAUCAUUGACCUCAAAAUCUCGCAUAAUCCGUUUGCGAGAGCGUUCAAGAACAAGAAAUUCCUAGGCAAAGCUGUCGAUAGCCACCAUAAACAGAAAAAGUCCCGUCUUAAAUCCACAGAAGUUAACAGUGUUUUUAACGACUCCGCUUCCUCUCCUGGCAACAGUUCCACGGAGAGCUUGAAGAAUCACUCCCAUUCUUUGGAAUUUGACAGCUCUGGUGAUACCGUCCUAUCGACGUUCCAUUCCACUGAUUCAGUGACAUAUUUUAAAUCUUACCUGGAUUCACUGAAACUACAGGCAUGUUUUCCUAUUGCAGGAGGUCCAAAACAGGAAAAUGGUAAGUCAUCUUCCGAGUGUUCUCCAGUAGAGGCUUGCUCUAGGCGUGGUCUUAAAAAGUGCGAGAGCGAGCCCCAGAUCCUGGUGAUGAGCAAUGUCUAA